AUGAACCUUUCCAAGGUCGGGAAGCGGAUCCAUGGCGAGAAUCUGAGUACGAAGAACAUGAUACGGUUCGUUGACUCCCAUCAAAAGCUGGUAUACACGCUUAUUCGACACCCUUUUUUGCCAAGCUGUGGCGGUACCACAUGUGCAUUCCGGAAGUGGAUCAAUCCCAUCGAGUUGAUUCCAAAGCGUUUUGAAGGCAUUAUAAUAAUUGGUAAUAUCAAGAUUACCUUGUUGAAGAUGAGUGCUAUUUUCAUGGAGGCUAUAAAUAGGGAUAGAGAUACAAUCAAGAAAUUUGGGCGUUGCAAUGUGGUCUGUCUUGGUGCAAAGCACUCGACAGAAAUUAUAUUGUGUGAGCAUCUGCAAGACCCUAACGUUUAUGUAGUCCAUGUACGAACGCCCUCAGCUCAGGCUGGCUCUCCUCCCACUCUCUCGUCUUCGUCGUUUUCUUGCUCGCGAGUGCUCAUCAUCUCUCCGGUCUCGUCUUCUCGGGCUCCAGCCGGCCGCCUCGUUCAUCUCAGACCUGUACUCCAAGGGAAAUGGGCGAUCGCCGAAAGAUUCUUCGACCAAGUUCCAGGCGCUCUCACAGCCCCAAUCAAUGAAUUAUCAGAGACAGCACUUUUCGUAGCAGCUGUGCAUGGAAGAAAUACAAACGAUUUCAUUAAGAAGUUGGUGGAUAAGAUGCCACCAGAUAAUGUUGACGAGGCCUAUGGCAGUGUUCUGAACAAGGCUGCGGAUGUCGGAAACACUGAAGCCGUAGAAGCCAUUUUGUUAAAAAACCGGUCUUUGGUAUAUUACAGGGACGAUAUUAUGUAUAAGAGGACUCCGUUUACUCGGGCUGCUACCAAUGGCAGGAGGGACACCCUUUUAUAUUUGUUGGAGUUCGUUAAGGAUGAUGAGGAUUCCUCUAAGCUCUUCCCCGAUGAGGAUUCUGCUGCUUUCCUUAUGGCCGAGACAAUAAGAUCCGGAUAUUAUGAUAUCGCUUUGUAUUUGGUUAAAAAAUAUCCGCUUUUAGCUUUCUCAAAACGAAAUAAUGGUGUCUAUGGAUUGGAAUCAUUGGCUACAACAGCUGCUUCUGCAUUCAAGAGUGGCACUCACUAUCGAUGGUGGCAACACAUAAUCUAUGCUCAUGUUCCUGUGAAGUCGGUCGACUGCAUUAUAAACCACACCCUGACAGUUUUAGUUGAGAAUCCAGUUGACGACGCUGAUCAAGUUAUGGGACGGAGUUGGGCUAGACUUUUGGUGGAAUACUUCUGCAUUUCCGUGCCUUGUAUUAAACACAUCCAAAAGCAAAAAGAGAUGCAUCUUCUAACUCUUGAGCUGCUCAAGUGUUUCUGUGAGGGAAUUGCAUCUCUACAAGACUCAGCCAAGCACAGCUCACUUACACGAGAGGCAAUCAUGUCGGCUGCAAGGAAUGGGAUUCCCGAGAUUGUGCAUGAAAUUGUGGAAUCAUUUCCUUCUGUACUUUGGACUAAAGACGAAGACGGCCGGCGUGUAUUUGAGAAGGCGGUUUUAGAGCGUCAAGAGAAUGCAUUCAACCUUGUAUAUCAAAUGGGAAAGUAUUCUCGAGAAUUUGUACUACAACAUUAUGAUGAAGGCAACAACAUCCUACACUUGGCCGGAAAACUAGCACCUCCAACCAAACUCAGCCAGAUUUCUGGUGCAGCUUUGCAAAUGCAACUUGAGUUACAGUGGUUUGAGGCAGUGAAGAAGCUUAUGAGUCCCAGAGAUAUAGAUUGGAGAAACAAUGAUGGGAAAACUCCUGCAACGAUAUUUACUGAAGAACAUAAGAAAUUAGUAUCUGAAGGAGAAAAAUGGAUGAAAGACACAGCAAACUCAUGCACAAUUCCGGCAGCACUUAUUGUCACCAUGGUAUUUGCUGCUGCAGUCACCAUUCCAGGUGGGAUCAAUGGUACAAAUGGCAUACCAAUUUUCCAUAAGGAAGUGGUAUUUAAUUUCUUUGCCGUUUUCGAUGCAAUCUCAUUAUUCGCAUCGAUCACUUCUUUGCUAGUGCACUUGUCCAUCCUCACUUCCCGAUUUGCCGAGGGUGAUUUUCUCUUUGCUCUUCCAAAUAGGCUUGUAAUUGGGUUGUUCACCCUUUUCCUCUCCAUUACGGCAAUGUUGAUAGCCUUCAGUUGUGCAAUCUAUCUUCUAUUUGGGAACAGGGCAUGGAUACUUUAUCCGGUGGCAGGGUUAGCAUGCGUACCAAUCAUUUCCUUCGCCUCCCUACAGUACCCUCUCCUUCGAGAUCUCAUGAAGUCAACAUAUGGCCCUGGAAUUUUCGGUAAACAAAGUGAGGUUCCCUUUUAUAGGGAGGGUACAGUCUGUAUCAGUUCUUGGAUGCAUGUGAAAAAUAUGUCUGUAAUGAUAGGCCAAUUGUCAUAAUAGGCCUAAACUAAUUUCUAUUUAAGACAGGCGGUAUUUAUUGACUUUUAAUUAUCUUUUGUUUAGCUUUUUGUUAAAAAAUUUGAGAUUAAUCAUU